CACACGCGCUCUGGAGAAGGCGGAAGACGUUGUGGUGAAGGGCUUCCCAGGUGAAUUUGGAGGAGUGGCAGCGUCGAGCGGCUCUUUGGACGCGUGCACGCAUCGUCUUAUGUACUCGCAGAAGCAGGAGUCAGGAGGGUGAUCGGUGUCAGUGCCCGAGCCGCAGGCCGCUAGACUACUCGGCAGUUUCAGCAGCACGUUCGCAUAUGCAUCUCUCGCCUCCCCUGCGUUCCACCAUUCUCCACCACGCCUGGACUUGACCGCUGCUGGAGAUGGCGGCUCUUCAGCUCUUGCGGCUCAAGCGCACGGACAACUCUGGCCAUGUCCUGGCGCAUAUCUCCUCGGCAGGCUCAAAGUCGCUCGACCUCAAGCUGGUGGCCACGGAUACUGCACAUCUUUAUCAUGCUACAAUCCAUGAAUCGAGUGUCAAGACCCUGCAGGCGAGCGCAUUCUCGGGCGAUUUACGAGAGUGGAAGCAAAUUCUACAAUAUGCCUUCCUCCACGACAGACCAAGCGGCCAACUACCGGACACGCUGCGGGGCAUAGAGGUGGUGGCCGCAAUCUCAGGCACCACCCUCACAAUCACUCUUCGGAAGAACAUUGGCGGCAUCACGCAACGACUUGGAUCCAUCAAACUCGAUGAAGAUGACGAGCGGGAGGAACACAGUGGCUUCGACUGGGCCGACAUCGCGGUGGCGAAUUCCGAUGAGCUUCGCACCCAACUCGACACUUUGCAAGCAUCUAUGACCGAGCAACAGGAGGCUGUGGCCAAAUUGAAUGCCCAACUGGACGAGCUGGUGAAGGCGAAGGCGGAGCAUGAACAGGAGCUCUUUACCAAGUUUGCGCUACUUCUGAACUCGAAGAAGCUGAAGAUCAGAGACCAGCAACGCCUACUGUCCGGGGCUAAGAUCGAUGCCAAGGUGGCGAGGAGAGUCAAGGCAGGGCGCGAUGGAGUGGGCGAGGCCGGAGAGUCGCGGGGCGGUAAACGCAAGGCAGACAAUGUGAUGGAUGAAGAUGAAGGGCACGAGGAUGAUGCAUUGCUGGAUGACGAGGGAGAAGAUGAGGAAGAGCAUGCGCCAUCUCGUCAGGAAACUCCACCCAAGACAGACGAAGAGGAGACGGACGACGAAGACGAUUUGGACGUCCCAAAGAAGACCUCACGCAAAGGUGGCUCGUCAACAUACGAUCGACGUGCGGCCAUGGAGGUCGACAACUCCCCUCCGGCAAAAAGGGUGGCAGCGGUGCAGGCCAAAUCGGGCACGUCAUCUGCAACAAUGCCUCUAGAUGAUGAAGAAGAAACGGAUGAUGAAUUAUGAGCUCUCGCAUAGUCACAAACUCAAGAGUCAAUGCAAAGGCUCAAAGGCCAGUCUUCGGUUUAGACUUCUCGCGUAGCGGUUAGACGGGC